UCCCCCCGAUUCAUAUGGCAUUUUAUUUUUAGCCCUUCUACAUUUAUAUUACACUGCAGCGAGUUGAUUUUAUUCGUAAAUCAUGGCACCGCAACAGAAUAUCCCGGUUGCCGCUAACGUCCUCGGCACUAUUGGUACUAUUCUGUGGUGCGUGCAAACGAUACCCCAAAUAUGGACGAAUUGGCGAACGAAAAAGACCGAUGGCCUCCCCGGCUCGAUGAUGUAUCUAUGGGCUUUGUGCGGCGUCCCUUUCGGGGUCUACAAUAUCGCACAACGCUUUAAUUACCCGCUCCAAGUGCAGCCGCAGGUCUUCAUGGCGCUCUGCCUCGUGAACUGGUGCCAGAUAUUGCUGUACAAUAGCAGAUGGCCCGUGUGGAGGGUCGUUCUAAUAGGGCUGGCCAAUGCUGCCGUUUUCGCCGGCGUGGAAGCGGCUCUGAUCGUUACGUUACGGCCUUUGUACGACGCUGGUCAUAGCACAGGCGUUUUGGUGGUUGGGAUAGUUGCGAAUAUUCUCUUGGCAGUCGGCUUAUUACCGCCAUAUGUGGAACUUUGGAAGCGGAGAGGAAGAGUUAUUGGGAUUAACUUCGUCUUUCUGUCUAUGGAUUGGCUGGGGGCGUUUUUCUCCCUUAUGUCACUUGCUGCUCAGAACAGUUUCGAUAUCUUGGGCGGCGUAUUGUACAUCGUGUGCAUACUUCUUGAAUCCGGCAUAUUUGCGUCCCAUCUAAUUUGGCUCUUUCGUACGCGAAAAAUAAGGAAGGAAGCUGCAUUAAGGGGUAAGUCCUUUGAUGACAUUGCAGCAGAGCACGAACAACUCGGAAUACCAUUCAAAUUUGCGGAGCGGAACAGUUCCAAAAAGACUGAUGCAGAAACGGGGAACGCGGGGCAUGACGAAGACGCUAGCGACCAGGCACACCAGCACUCAGACGAAGUAGGUCCACAAGACGGCGAUCCAGAAGAUAUAGGAAAAUCCCGCUUUGGAAUUCGAGAAAGGGGAAAGGGAGAAAGUACGAUAAUCAGCGUUUAAAUUUGAUUAAAACUAGAGAGAAGCAUGUAUAACGGCGUGAUAUCUUAGUCUAAAGCCAACGCAGAGUCGUUACCUCAUUAU